CUAACGCUAACGCUAACUCCCGUGUGGUUCCGACAGGAGGCCUGGGUCGGCGCCUGGCUCCACUUCAGCGACGGCUCGGCGGCGCCUCUGGACCUCUACGGCCCAGACCUGUUCGUCCUCACCGCCACGUCCCUGGACGAGACGGUGGUCACGGUGCGACACGACCCCUGGUGGAGGCUGCCCGUCGUCGUGGCCGAGGCCGAAGGUCAGGGCGUCCUGGUCCGGGUGGAGAUGACCGUCCGCGAGUCCUGCCAGAAGUCCAGCAGGAGGAGGAGCGCGUUGGCGUCGGGCAGCUGCGACCUGAGGGUGAGGUUCGAUCGCGGUCCGGCGGGAGACAACGUGGACGACCGAGGGCAGGACAGGACGGGACUUAACACCCAUUCUUACGGCAGCCCCGUCCCUGAAGUGGACGAAGGGGUUUGGAGGAGGAGAGCCCCCCCCCCCACCGGGAGCGCAGCACCGAGCCGCCCUGGAGGCGACAGGCCGUCAGGUGACAGCCAGGGUCGGCAGAACUUCGCCGACUUCCCCGACCGUCCCGGCGGCGGCGCGGACGACGAGCUGGUCCGGGCGGCUCACGGACUGACGGACCUGGAGAUCGGCAUGUACGCCCUGCUGGGCGUCUUCUGCCUGGCCGUCCUGGUCUUCCUCAUCAACUGUGUCUCCUACACCUUGAAGUACCGGCACAAAGAGCUCCCCCUGGAGGAGCGGGAGAACACGAACCACGCUCACGACUGGGUGUGGACCGGGAACGAGGCAGAACCGCCGGAGAGCCGGAUCCGGUUGUCGCCCCACCUGGACUCCGGCGGUGGUCUCCACUUGUUGAACGGAGGCUCCGCCCAAAAGGGCAAAGGUCGUGGGACCACGGACGGGGAGAACAAAGGCGACUCGCCCACCACCAGGAGGAAACGGGUGCAGUUCACCACGUUCACCACCGUCCCCCCGGAGGACGACGGCCGUCCCACCGUGAACACCCUGAGUGGACGACGCAGUCAGGACAUUCAGUGGGUGUGUCCGGACCUGGAGCUAGGGGGCGCUAAAGAGCUGCGCAGUUAGAUGGAGCCGUUGAACGACGGCGGGUUGGAAGAAGGGGGUUUAGGGUCGGAGGUGGAACAACGUCACCCCGAGAGGACAGUGGUCCCUGGAACUGUUGUGGUCCCUGGGACUGAUUUGGUUCCUGGGACUGAUUUGGUUCCUGGAACUGUUGUGGUUCCUGGGACUGUUAUGGUUCCUGGAACUGUUGUGGUUCCUGGAACUGUUAUUGUCCCUGGGACUGUUGUGGUCCCUGGGACUGUUGUGGUUCCUCGGACUGUUGUGGUCCCUGGGACUGUUGCGGUCCCUGGAACUGUUGUGGUUCCUGGGACUGUUGUCGUCCCUGGGACUUUGGGGUUCCUGGAAGUGUUAUUGUCCUUGGGACUGUUGGGGUUCCUGGGACUGUCAUGGUCCCUGGAACUAUUAUAG